AAUUCUGAACCAAAAAGCCAUUAUCAAUUUGCCACUUUUUCUCUUCCUCCCAAGAAGACACCGUUCACGAUGGCUGUAGUAAUAGGUAACAUAGCUCCCUUCCUAGACCUCGUAAUAUCGCCACCUCGUACUAUCAUCCCCGACCGCAGCAAAAUCCGGCCGCUUCCUUCGGACGUCGUUCUACACCUCUUCAAAAAAGACCACCAGAACUUCAAUUCCGAAUCGUUUUCAUUCGAGAACAAAGAAAGGCAUGUGAAUAUUAGGGGGAAAUCUGGUCGGUCGAAGGUGAAUGAAGUGGAGUUCGAGAAUUCCAGUGACGAUGAAAAUGGAAAUGGAAAUGGAUUCGAGGAGGAAAUUGUGGAAGAUGAGGGUUUUGAUUGGGAGAAGGAGAUGAAGAGGAGAGUUAAGGAAAUUGAAGAAAUGAGAGAUUUGGAAAAGAAAGCUGAGGAACUGCAGUAUAAAGUCGAUAAAGAGUAUGAUAAUAACAGCGAGGAUGGUCUGGAUGAUAAUAGGGAAGAUACUGAAGAAGAGAAGCGGAUGAGAGUUCGAAAAGAACUCGAAAAGGUAGCAAAGGAACAAGCAGAGCGGAGGAAAACAGCUCAGUUAAUGUUCGAAUUGGGUCAGAGGGCUUAUGGUAAGGGUAUGUAUGGUCGAGCAAUUGAAUUUCUUGAAGGUGCACUGACAAUCAUUCCCCGGCCCACUUUGUUUGGCGGUGAGAUACAAAUAUGGCUUGCUAUGGCUUACGAAGCAAAUAAUCGCCAUGCAGAUUGCAUUGCUCUUUAUCAGCAGUUAGAAAAGAAGCAUCCAAGUGUCAGCAUACGACGCCAAGCUGCAGACUUGCGCUACAUAUUGCAAGCACCUAAACUCAAGAUAUCGCAGGAAGAAAUGGUCACCAUCCCAUUGAUAGGUUCGAGCUAUGACAGUUAUGCAGCAACUUGGACUGAUAAAAACAAGGACAGAGACGAAAGGAGAAGUGGUUCCACGACUAGCCAGCUUCCAUCGACCAGAGACUAUUUGGCAGACUUUCUAGUGUGGAAACCACCGGUCGAUUUGGAGAAAAACCAAGCUUUCUGGGUAGCAUUAACUCUAUGGGUUGGCUUGGUUGGAGCUGCACUCUUUUUGCAAAGUUGAAGUUUGCGCAUUUGUGCAGUUGUGAUGUUUAGUUUGUACUUUGUAUUCUUUCUAGGUAUACUUUGUUGUUGUACAAUUUGUUCUUUGUAUUACUGUUAUUGUAUCAUAGAAAUCAAUUUGAAUGCUAUGCUAUAAAAUCCUAAUUUAUAUUCCUC